AUGGCCUCGAGCGGCGGGAGGAGAGGCCGGGAGCGAGAGCCUCCUGAGGCGGCGGACGAAGAGCUGCCCGUGUACCUGGCGCGCCCAGGCACGGCCGACCAAGUCCCCCGCCAGAAGUAUGGCGGGAUGUUCUGCAGCGUGGAGGGCGCCUUCGAGAGCAAGACGCUGGACUUCGGGGCGCUCAGCGUGGGACAGCGCGGAGCUCACCGCCCCGCCACGCGGCAGCAGGAGCCGCAGCCCCCGCCGCGUCCCCAGGAACCUCCGGCCGGCGUCGUCGAAAUCCGGGCAGCCUCAGGCAAGGAACGACUGCAAAACCUCAGCCGUGAGGAUUACAAGAGUGACCGCCUUCUUAUUAAAGGAGGCAGGAUAGUUAAUGAUGAUCAGUCAUUCUAUGCCGACAUUUAUAUGGAGGAUGGCCUUAUAAAACAAAUUGGAGAUAACUUAAUUGUUCCUGGAGGAGUGAAGACCAUAGAAGCCAGUGGUAGAAUGGUAAUACCUGGAGGAAUAGAUGUCCACACUCACUUGCAGAUGCUGUACAAGGGGAUGACAGCAGUGGAUGACUUCUUCCAAGGCACAAAAGCAGCCUUAGCAGGUGGAACCACCAUGAUUAUUGACCAUGUUGUUCCUGAGCCAGAGUCCAGCCUGAUAGAAGCCUACGAGAAGUGGCGAGAAUGGGGUGAUGGGAAGGCUUGCUGUGACUAUUCCCUGCACGUAGACAUCACACAUUGGAACGACAGUGUCAAACAGGAAGUUCAGACACUCAUAAAAGAAAAAGGUGUUAAUUCUUUCAUGGUUUACAUGGCCUAUAAGGAUUUGUACCAGAUGUCAAAUACAGAGCUCUAUGAGAUAUUUAGUUUCUUGGGAGAUCUUGGUGCUGUAGCUCAAGUCCAUGCUGAAAAUGGGGAUAUCAUUGCACAGGAGCAAGCCAGGAUGCUGGAAAUGGGAAUAACUGGUCCAGAGGGCCAUGUGCUGAGUAGACCAGAAGAGCUGGAGGCAGAAGCUGUCUUCCGUGCUAUCACCAUUGCAAGCCAAACCAACUGCCCUUUGUAUGUGACUAAAGUGAUGAGCAAGAGCGCAGCUGACCUAAUUUCACAAGCCAGGAAAAAAGGUAACGUAGUAUUUGGUGAGCCAAUCACAGCCAGUCUUGGAACAGAUGGAACACACUACUGGAGUAAGAACUGGGCAAAGGCUGCUGCAUUUGUGACCUCCCCACCUCUGAGUCCAGAUCCAACAACCCCUGAUUACAUCAACUCUUUACUGGCCAGUGGUGAUCUCCAAGUCUCAGGAAGUGCACACUGUACAUUCAGUACAGCUCAGAAGGCAAUUGGAAAAGACAACUUCACAGCAAUCCCAGAGGGUACCAAUGGUAUUGAGGAACGGAUGUCUGUCAUCUGGGAUAAAGCAGUGGCUUCUGGGAAAAUGGAUGAAAAUCAGUUUGUGGCUGUGACAAGCACCAAUGCUGCAAAGAUCUUCAAUAUGUACCCAAGGAAGGGGAGAAUCGCUGUGGGAUCAGACAGUGAUCUGGUGAUAUGGGAUCCUGAUGCAGUGAAAAUUGUAUCUGCCAAAAGUCAUCAGUCAGCAGCUGAAUACAAUAUUUUUGAAGGAAUGGAGCUGCGUGGAGCCCCACUGGUUGUUAUAUGCCAGGGGAAAGUAAUGAUGGAGGAUGGGAACCUUCAUGUGACACAAGGGACAGGGCGUUUUAUUCCUUGUGCUCCUUUCUCAGAUUAUGUCUACAAGCGCAUCAAAGCAAGAAGGAAGAUGGCUGAAAUGCAUGCUGUGCCAAGAGGGAUGUAUGAUGGGCCUGUGUUUGAUUUGACCACUACACCUAAAGGAGGCACUCCUGCAGGCUCUACCCGUGGAUCCCCCACCCGGCAAACACCUCCUGUCAGGAACCUCCAUCAGUCUGGAUUUAGUUUAUCAGGUACCCAGAUUGAUGAAGGGGUUCGCUCAGCAAGCAAGCGCAUAGUAGCACCCCCAGGAGGCCGUUCUAAUAUAACAUCUCUGAGUUAAGCAUCCCAGUAAUCAGGGAACGGGAGGGGAACUUGUUAUUUGAUAGACUAAGCAAUGGUACAUUAAUAUUUAAGAAUGAAAGAGCAAUGGAAAAGUGUUCAAAUUUGGAAGAAUCAAUAAGCCUCAAGCCUUAUGUUUCAUAAAUGCUACUCGCUACCUAGCUUUAAAAAAUACUGCGGGUUUCUUUUACGUUUAUUCAUAGCCUUAAUAUUUUCCCAAUUUUUUUACAUGCAUGCAAAUCUGACUGGUGACUAAGUUAAGAGUAUGUAAUUGUACAUGGUGAGUGCUUGUGUGAUGACCCAUUGUAAGAAGGGGAUUGGAGCAAGAUGGGAGAUCCAUGACAUGAACAAGCUGUUUAGUCAGGUGACUUGGGCAGGUCAGCCCAGGAGUUUAGUGUUGGGGAUGGGUGGGAGCAGGAGGAGGUGGGAGGGUAGAGGGAGAUGGAUGUGGGGACCAAGUAGACCUGUGUAUUGUGUCCAUGUUUUUUGUUUCCCUCAAUGCUGACAAGACAGUUGCCUCUGAGCACUACGUGAGGCCAUUGGGAAGCUCAGCCAUCUUUGUAAUGGCUUCGUUGCAUCACUUACUCCUGUUAGAGAUUUUAUUACUUCGUACAUUUUACUGAAUAAAAAAAAUUGAAA